CUCUUCCUCAACUUUUGUUCGAGCUCAAAGAUGUCUGACAUCAGACAAGCGAUAAUCUCCAGCCUUUUUCCUUCGGGCUCUGGCGAAAAAUUAAUUAUUCACUUGAAAACAUACAAAGAUAUUCAGCCGUCCGAUAACAGUAAAGAUAUUAAAGGAACACCACGUUAUCUUUGCUUAUCUCAAAAGAAGAAUGCUGUACGCCUGUUGAAGGUGAAGAGAAAUCAAAAUGGUACUUUCAGCACGAGUAAAGCUUGGCCUCUGGAAGAUAUCAAGCAAAUAAACAACGUUGAUUCACAUCAAUUCUCGUUUACUGUCAAUAAGUCUUACCUAUGGGCUGUUGAAAGAGGACGGGAUAAAAUGAUCUUCUUGGCUUUUUUAAUUGAUUCAUGUAGACGCUCAGCGCCACGAAUGCCAAAGUUGGUCAAUAUUGACGAAGCUCGUCUAAUGCGAUAUCUGGCUGAUCCUUCUGCUCCUACUUUGAGCGGUUCAACAAACACUAUUAUGUCUGAUAAAUCCGGUAGUCAUUUGGAUUUGAUAUCACCUUCCACACUACGCUCGCCUUCGACCAGUUCACUUCAUAAUAAUUCUAAUAUUUCUACGUCAAACAGAUCAACAAAUGACCAGCCACCAGCCUCACCAACAACAACCUACUAUCAGCAGCAGCAACCUCAGCACACUUAUCAACAGCCGCUUUCUGCUUCAUUACAACAGCAACAGCCCCAAAUUAUACCUAUUGCCCAACAGCCAGUUACAGAUGGCCCCCCUGUGCCUCGACAUCAAUUACCAGCACCCCUUGAAGAAUAUAAUCCGAGUAUUGAACAACAUGAUGAACGUAAAGAGAGAGACAGGACUCGUGAAAUGAAGAGGGAACGUGAAAGAUUUGAGGUACAAGCACAAGAUGAGAAGCAACGUCAAAAAAAAGCAGAAGAGAUACAAGAAAAGAUGGCUGAGCAGGCUUCUUUGAUGAAUGUGGAAGAAUUAUUAACAGAUUUCAAUUGGAAAGCAAGUGGUAAUGCUGCCGCUCUUGAAAAGCGACUCACUGGUGAAUUGCACGCAUUAGAAGCCGCCAAUGUACAUGCUAUUAUUCAAUCAGAUGAACGUGUCAGAUCCAUUGUUGAACACAUUGAUAAGUCCCUAGCAGAAUUGGAUAGUAUGGAGAAUUGGUUAUCAUUAUAUGGGGCCGAGCUUAAUAGCAUGGGAGAUGAUAUCCGUGAGAUUGAAAUACAAAAUAGAGCUCUUCAAAUUCUGAAUUCAAAUCAACGUGCUUUAAUGGCUGAAUUAGAUAGCUUACUGACAACCAUAUCUAUACCAAGAAAAUGCCUUGAUAGUUUACAGAAUGACCCUAUGGACACUGUGGAUGAUGUGAUUCGUAUACAAGAGUCCGCCGAAAUGCUCCAAAGAGUAAUUAAAUCCAAACUUGAAGAUGGAUUGCAAGAUAUGGUAGCAGUACAGCAACGGCUAGAAUCUUACAAUAUUUACAGCAAUAAGUUCAGUGAGAGAAUCUACAAGUUUCUCAAAGACCAAUUCGAAACUCAAGCAAGAAAUUAUGCAGAACAGAGAGCUAGGACUUCACCAGCCAGUAAUAGAAAAGGUGGCGGCAGUAAUAAUGUCCAACAAGCUAUUGUAGCUCACCCUCAUGAACAUAUAGAAGAUCAUUUAAUUAAAUAUCAAGGAUUUAAUCUAUGGGAAAAAGAAAUGGAGCCGCGCAUGUUCAAUGAGCUUCAAAGGUGCUAUGCGCAAGCGAUGGCACCCCUUUACGAGCGUGAUGUUCGCGAUUUGAUUGAUGCCACUCGAUUUUUUUACGCUGCUCUAAGGAAGAGAAGUGUUGAUGACCUUGAAUAUCUAUUCAAAGCUGACGAUUCGCGUCCAGUGAGAGCCUUAGCUUAUGCACCUACCCUGCGUGGCAAUGAUGAUUCACGUCCGCAUCGUUAUCGACACAUGCUUCGUGAAUCUGUAGAGGGUGUGAUGGGUGGAGGAUUUAGUAGUAGCAAUCGCUCAAGUAUUGAUGAGGAUGAAAAGGCGGCUGACGAUGCAUUUACACAGAUGAUUAGUCAAGCUAUAAUGCUUGUUAGCAGAGAGCAAAAUUAUAUGUGUGAUUUGUUCGGACUGACUGUGACAGGGCCCAAAUCAUUUUUGGAAAGAGGGAUGGUAUAUUCUCAAGUGCCAUAUAAAAGUGAUCUUUAUAGUCGUAGAGAUAAGAUCAAGGAUGUUAAAGUUGCGAAAAAGAUCUUGUCGUUGAUGGAGAUAAUUUUUGAGAAUACUGAACCUAGUCUUGUUGAUCUACUGGAGUAUGGUGUAAAAAGCGAUCCUACUCAAGCCGUUAGUAUGCUGGGUGCUGUUGAAUAUCAGCAGGAAAAAUGGGAGGGUUCUGAUCAAGAAUUUGCGUUAAGACUAUGCAAAUCACUACUGCAAAGGCUAACCAAGAUAUUCAACAAUUUCAUAUCUGAUCAGGUUCGUAUUAUUGAAGACACGAAGGUAACCACGAAAAAGCGUAUCGGUAUUUUGUCAUUCUUUAGGACGUUCCCUGUCCUUGCUGUGCGUUUAGAAAUAGCUGCAAUGAAUGUUCAGCCGGAAUCAGAAACACGCGUUACUGUUAACCAGGCUUAUGAAAAGAUUAUUCAGGCUAUGAUGGGAAGUUUGGAUAGUAUUGCUCGCGAAAGUGACCAAGUGGGAGAUGAUAAAGAACAGCUGAAUGCUACAAUAAUGUAUAUUGAAAAUAUGCAUCACAUGUACAACUCUUUACGUACAAACAAGCUACAUGUCCUUGAAAAAUGGAUCAAACAUGCCAAGAGCCAGUAUGAUAGUAGCUUAAGUUCUUACAUCAAAGUGAUUAUUCGUCGUCCUCUUGGAAAGUUACUCGAAUUCUUCGAAGGUGUUGAACAGAUGACCCAUACAAAUACUCCCGAAGAAGUCGCUUUUCACAUGAACUACAACAAAACGCAACUGCGUAAGGUCAUCACUAUGUAUCCGCCCAAAGAAAUCAAGAAAUCACUAGAGCAACUUUACAAGCGUGUAGACAAGCACUUCACAGAAGAGGAAGGCUUAUUACAAGUCGUAUGGCGAGGAAUCCAAGAAGAGUUCAUUCGCCAACACGAGAAGAUGGAAGAGUUGAUAAGCAAAUGCUACCCUGACACGGGAGUUCAUUUGGAAUUUACUAUCCAAGACCUGUUGAGUAUGAUGAGUGAACUUGCUCGAAAGGUUAAUGUAUGAUCGUCUGAUUCCCACUCAAAAGCCAAUGAUAACCCUCACACAAUUCAAAAUUGAAAAAUUAACCAGAGAAAAAAGCAGAAACAAACUGAAUGUGUGAUUAUUGUUGUGCCUGUGUUUACGACACAACUCAUGCCUUUAAGAGAAUGAUUUAUUUAUAAAUAAAUUUAUGCAACAAGCAGUGGUGCAUCGUUUAGAGAUCCUUCUUGAGAGUACCCAUGAACUGAUGCUUUUCGGCAGGAGUUUGGAAGCGACCAUGACCGAACUUGGAGGAGGUGUCGAUAAAUUUGAGAGAAACCUUUUCCAAAGCAGAACGCUUGGUAUGCACUGUUAAAGAU